CGCGACUCCCGCCAUCCAGCGCCCAUCCAGCCCUGGAGCCAACAGACGACAACCGCUGAAUUCUGUCCAGAAUAGUCACAUCGAUGCACUCGGAGCACAGGUCACUGUGCAGAUUCUUCCUCCUGUACCGGCAUCAUGCUGGCCAUUGGGCGCUUUGACGAUGAAGCCCUCAUCCUCCACGCCCGUUGACCUCAAGACAUAUAUACUCUCGUAGGCGCCGGCUUCCUCAUCGCCUUCCCUUUUGAUGCUUUUGAACUUUUGCGCCUUUCAACUUUUGCUUCUAAGCGAUUUCCUAACUCGUCCUCGUCGUACUGUUACUCGAUAUCAUACUCUCUAGAAAGUUGACCGGCAACGGUAAAAGCUAGUAGUCUAGCACUCCCUUCACUUAAAGAUACCAAAAGAUACCAAAACAUAUAUCAGGCAAUAUGCCCAACUAUUCCCCAGAAACACCAAUCGAUCCUCGGGUGGAGAUGUUCCAAAAGGGACAACCCAUGGAUGCUUUCUUUAACAUGAAGGCGCUGGCGCCACGACCAAUGUCCACUGCGACAGAAAUGUUCGACACAGAUUUUGAGGACAGCGAUAUAGAAGAAGAGGGUAAUUCUCCGCGAUUGAGUGUCAACUCGACUUCGAGAAGGAGUGAGCGAACGUUAUCUUCUUUCGAAGAGAUACAUACUCCAAGUCCCAAUGAGAACUUUGAAGGCUUUAAUUUCGAUAUUUCAACAACACAAAAGCGAUCUGUCGAGGGCCCACGAGGACCCCACCUUUUCCGAGCUUCGGUCGACUCCCAAAUUGUUGAGGAUGAUGAGUUUUCAAUUGCAAUGUCGCCAAUGACUCCAAGACCAAACAGUACACAAAGGGCAGCAAUGGCAAUGAGCAACACCAGAAUUCCAGAUGUGCCGAGUCGUCAACAUCGUCAUCUUAGCACAUUGACAGACGCCGUGGAGAAUUUGAAUUCAAAAGAAAUUGCGUUAUGGACACCAAGACAAGUUGCAAGGUGGAUGUACAAUGCUGGCUUCGAACCAGCAAUUGUGGAAAAGUUCGAGGAGAACGAUAUCUCUGGAGCCAUCCUCAUCACACUGAAAUUUGAAGACCUCAGGGAACUCGACAUCCAAUCUUUUGGACAACGCACAAAGCUCUGGAAUGAGAUUCAUAUUCUGAGGGAUAGCAAACCAAGCUCACCGACCCCACCAACGCCAAUUGAGGAGGAGAUGGCAUCACCUUGUGUCGAGCGCAUGCCCAGACAUACAUCAAGAAGGAGAGAUGGUUCGAGAGUUCGCGAUGGCUCCAGAGUGCGAGAUCAGUCCGUGGAUUGCGGCUCGGAUGAGCAACCAAAACGAUAUAGGUCCAAGAAACAGCGAAUUAUCAUCCCCGAUGAUGUUAUCACACCUCUCGAGUCUGUUUCUAUUGUCGGCAUCGAGCAGCUCAUGCCCAAGCCACAUAAGUGUGCCAAGGGUGAGAAUUGCUCAAAAUGGCGAAAGCAACAACGACUCAUCAACAACUUCAAGAAGGACCACCCUGUCUCUCCAGAAGGUGGAUCUAUAUGGAUUGCUGGCGAUCCAGGUAACCCAUUCACUGCUGAGGCCAUUGACAUGAACCGACCUGUCUCUGAAGCUGUACCGUCAGUCGUCGCCUCUUCAGACGUGCUUGGGCCUGGGCCAGUCCCAGCUUUCCGCCAGUUGGAAGAGGCAAGCCUUCGAAGUCUCCAAUCCCGUGAUCCUCAAGAGAAUGUCAAACAGUUCAUCCAGUUCCAGCAUAUGGAUCCCCAACAAACGAACUGGACGACGUCUGAGGAACCACCUACUCCUCCAUUCGAGAUGUUCCCGAACAUUCAGUCACAGGCUCCUUCUCAAGCACCUGUUGCUGGUCUUCGCGGUCUCCCAAGACUUGCAAUUCCACCACCUCGUCCAACACCACCCCCGCGUUCUGCAAGCGCUCAAGCUUUCUCUCCUUACCGCAUGGAGCGCGUCGAAGCCAUGGCUUCAGAUCUCCGCAGUGCGACACAGUCCCCAGGAACAGUAGUCUACCGCUUCGGCACUCCAUUCUCUGAGAUGGACGUUCCCGUGACUGCUGUCAACCUUGGUCCAAUCUCUCGGGAUGCCUCUCAAUCUGUUCCACCCAACAUGAAUUACCGCCACAACCCCGCACCAGCACCACCCCAGAGAACCCAAUCUCGCACCUCAGCUCGUUCUCGCCCCUCCUUUGCCAUGCCCCGCGUCGACGAGAAUGUCUCGACCGCACCCCCAACCCAAACAAGCUUCAACCGAAGCCAAACUCAACCUUCAGCGCCCUAUGGCCAGUCUAACGCCAACGCCUAUCCCUGGUCUCCAGUCCACGAUCCAUCUCAACGCACCGCGGACGACAUUGCCCACGCUGGAUGGAUGAAGAAGCGCAAGACCAAGAUGCUCCGUCACGAAUGGCACGAGCACCACUUUACGCUCAAGGGCACGCGUCUCGCCAUGCACAAGGACGCCCGCGCCAUGGAAACCCUCGAGUACAUCGACGUCGACGACUACGCCAUUGCGUGCUCCUCGCUCGCAUCAGGAAGCAAACUCAACGCUGCCUUCAAAGCCAUGAACAUCUCGCUUGGCGACAAGGGCAAGAAGGAUGAGGCUGCGUUUUCGUUCCAAUUGAUUCCUGCGGCCAUGGACCGCGUGCAGAAACUCAGGAAGAAGGAAGCUAGCGCCGAUGAGAAGGAUGCGGGCGCCAAGGCGAAGACGCAUUAUUUCGCUGUCAAGUCGAGAGAUGAGCGGAUCGACUGGAUGAGAGAGUUGAUGCUUGCCAAGGCGUUGAAGCAGAAGAGUGAGGGGUAUGAGAUCAACGUCAACGGCAACAUGAUCUAACCUUCCCCACCGGAAUGAAAAAGGGGCGAUGAAAGUGGUGAUGAUGCCACCCAUUCUUUUUAGGAGGAUUUCAACGACUUAUUUUGUCUUUUGUUGCUGCGUUUUGUUGAUAGCGAGCGUGCCAUGAUUGUUUUUGAGUUGGCGGCAUUUUUGGCGUAAACGUCUUUCGGCGAGAUAUUCUGGAUACCCAACCCUUCGCUUUAGGUCGAAGAGGGUUGUGAUGGGAGAUUAUUAGGACACUCCUUCUAAUGGGUCGGAUUAGCUAAUUGAAUGAAAUGAUCUCUAAAG